CUUGGUUGCCCCCGCAGCGUUGACAUGUUGACAAUUGGCGAUUGCUGCCAAUUUUAGCUCUCGACAUACUAUACCGCGUCGCUGAGUCGCCGGCCAUAUUCAAGCCACUGAAGCGUGUACCGGUCGAUCGAUGAUAGAGAAUGGUGAUUCUAAGUUGGCUAAUUUUAGCCUUGCGAUAUCUCGAAGCUACGGGCCUAAUCCAGGUCAGGAACAGGCUUGUGCUGAACUACUCGCCAGCCUCGAUGGAUUGCCAAAUGAUGUCGUACAGCCUGCCAUGGAUGACGCCCUACAGCUAGUAGAGGGAUCCAUAAAACGAGCCGAUGCGCUGAUGCAGAAGAUGCGGACCCUGCAGAACUCAUCUGUCCGUAUCAAUCGCCUGCCAGCAGAGCUCCUUGUCGAGAUAUUCUGGCGCGUAGCCGCACUGGUUUGGAGGGCAAAACACCGUCGGUUCCAGCACUACUAUGGGCUCAUAUGUGUAACCCACGUCUGUAGGCACUGGCGUACAGUGGCUCUAGAUGCUGCGAGACUAUGGGCGACCAUCCGGAUUGUGAGCCCCGAAGAACACGAGUGGGACGAAUUCGACGACAAGAGGCGUGUAAUGGAGUAUCUAUACCGAUCAAAAUCACAUCCCCUCGAUAUCCGCAUCCACGAACUCUCAGAAUCCAAUGCGGACGGCUGUAUCGAGACUCUCCAUCCUCACCUGCAUCGCAUUCAAAAACUACGCAUACGGGUGGAAACCGACAGUAUCAUGCGAAUUGUCAUAUCGAGCCUCCGGACGGUCGCCGCACAGCUUGAGGAACUGGAUCUCGAUGCCUCGCACACGUCACUGAUUCGAAGAAGAUAUACUUCUUUGACAUUGUGGCCGCCACGGCAUGUGUUCUUUGAGGGACAUACUCCAUUAUUACAUUCCCUCCGCCUAUCGCUUGUGACUAUCCCGCUAAACUCUGUCAUACUGCGAAACCUGCGACACCUUACUCUCCACAAGCAGAAUAUGCCCAUCACCCACAUGGACACAUUUCUCGAUGUCCUGGACAAUUGCCCGGAUCUUGAGAUGCUCUCCGUGCAGAGUCAUGGCCGAUUCCCGUCUUCCCCCCUGCCACCUACCCGUACAGACAGGGUCGUUUCUCUCUCCGCUCUUCAGACCUUGGCUAUCGCUUGGCAACAGCCCAUGUUUUCCAGCCUCCUCCUCGCUCACGCUCACCUUCCACGGCCUACCAAGCUUCGCCUCAUUGUAGAUGUCGAUCAACAUUUAGAAGCCGAGGGACCGGGCGCGCAGUUAAUCAUACUAGACAACAGACUGCUGCGACCUACGGGGAACGACUCCAUUUACACCCUUUCCUCCAUCCACACCUUGCGGAUCAUGACCCACCCCAAUAUCUCUUUCGAAGGGUACAUCCAAACAGACCGGGACCCGAUCACUGUCUCACCCGGGCUGUCACCUUGCACUGAGCCCGCGCUGACUAUCACGCUGGACGGCCGGCGUCCUUCGCUCGCGCAUGUGAUGACAAGCUUCAUGCAGGCACAUAGGGGCGCCGUCCCAUUCAGCGUGGUCCACACGCUGAUUUUCGACUGCACCGACCUGACAUUGUCGUCUGAUGAUUGGGCACAUAUCUUCGGCGCCAUGCUCAGGCUACGGACCCUCCAUCUCUUCCGGAUACCACGUAGGUCCCUGCUGUCAUGCUUUCGCGCGCUCUGCCCGUCGGAGGUCGCAGAAGAUCAGGCAUUUGGGGACGGCACACAACUCCUGGUUGGGUUGGAAACUAUGAAGGUUCACGAGAGCAACUUUGUUGAUAAGGAGUUGAGGGCAGUACUGGAGCGGACCUUGCAGCACUUGAGUGCGAAGGGCGCACUGGAGAGGCUGCAAUUGGUCAGAAAGCCUAGGGCACGCCCAAAGGUGAAUGAGGAGCUCGUGGGUCAGUUCUGCACGGUAGAGAUCAUUGUAGGUGACACUUAAUAGACGCAGCUGCUGGUCCACAUUUACACACUUGUAUCUCUUAUAGCCAGUACUAACCGGCAGGUUGUCGUAGAUGUGUGUCCGCGAUCUAUCAAUGUCAUGCCUGACGCAGAC